CCAGAAUAGUGCACAGCAUCGAAUCGUUCCUCACCGACAGGGCUACCUACCCUGCGAUUCUCGUGCAAUUUGAUGCACUCUACGAAGGUGCACCUUUGGCUCGAAGUUGAAAAGUGUGCUUCCAGGAUUUCUAUUGCGGGCUGAAAUUUGAAUUCGUGAGGUGGGGUGGUCAUUGUGACUGCUGUGCUCCACGGCGCCGGUACACGAGGGUCAACGCUCCACUGGCACACAGCACACAACACGAAGCUGGAGGUGGCAGGAAGCUGGCCAGCGGGUCACGUAGGUGGUAGAUGGGGAGCCAAGGGACGAACAAACGUAGGCGUCAAAGGCAACUGCUGAAAUUCCGGAGACCGGUGGAGAUCUCGAAGAAGAUGUUCGAUCCUGGCCUUUGCUCGUGGAGAGACGUGUACAAGGCGAUUCCGAAUCGCGGGCAGGGAGACUGUGGGCCCUUGUCGGUGAUAUUUCUCGCCUUACACAGAGGUGGAAUGGAUGCCCACACAGCGCAAUGUGUGCUGUCGACACAACGUAAGGAAUUGGCGGACUUUAUCCUCCUUUGUCGGGAGCUCAUCGUAGAGUACCAAGCAGCUACAGGAGAGGGGGGGGGCUUCUUUGUAGGCCAAAGCGACUCGGACAAACCGGAUGCGGACAUCAAGAGCAUGGCCAAAUCCACCGCCGACAUCUGCACGUUGGAAGACUGGAAACGCGUCACCCUCUGUCCCGGAGGCUACCUGGACGACAAAGCUCUUGUGAUCCUUGGCAAGCUGUUAUUGCGCGAGGUCAUCCAGCUCGUCAAGGAGGAUGGUAUCGUGGGAGAGCGUAUCGUGGACGCCAGAGAGCCGUCCGCUUUGCUGGGGGCAAACCUGGUCCUCCACCGUGGAGCCCACUUCGAGGCUCUUCUCCCGAAAGUGAGGACUGCCGUUGUCGUGACGAAUCGUGAAUGGAAACUAUACGUCACGUGAGUUCCACCAAGCAUAGACAAAGUUUAAAAAAUUCCAACCUCCUUCCCAUUUACAGGACGAGUUGAGGGCCAAUGAUGACACCGGUGACGCUGGUGGCGAGAUUUGGUACGCACGACCGAACAGUGGUAUUCGAGGGGUAUGAUAAAGCAGGCUGCCCCAAACUACGACGUUAUUGAUCUUGGCGUGCAACGGAUGGAAUGGUUGGUGGCGUACUGGCUUUCUGUGGUGCCGCUUGGUUCCGGCAACUAUCCGAUUAAAGUGCCCGACUGGAACGGCAAGGGGUACCUCACGAACCCGGAGUGUGAUGGAGGUGCUAUGAUGCUGUUGCGCACGUUGCCAAAGGUAACUCUCUGGGCGGGUGUAGGGGUUAACAUAGUGGUCCAGGUCGUUGCAAAGAAAAACGAGGCCGGAUUGUCUUGUAUUUCUUUCACAAGGCACAUGCCCACACCGCCGAGCGCGCUUCCACCCACCACCAACUAACCAAACCGUAACACGCGUCCACGUCUCAUUUAUCAUUUAUUUAGGGAUUGGUUGUCGUACAAUCGUGCUCAACUAUUGGGGCUGCGAUGAUUAGUUGCGAGCUUAU